AUGGCCAUGUUAAGAGUCUCUUCAUACCGUAAACUGUUUGAGGACGAGCUGUGGAGCCAGGCUUCUGGACGUUGUGGAAUCCAGGCCUGCUCCAGUGCAAGGGGUAGAGUUUCAGUGAGAGAAUGUCCCAGGCUAGAUUUUGCAUCAGCUCAUGCUCUAAACAAGGAGGGUGUGGCUCUAUUUGUCUAUGAGAGCUCCAUCAUCACUGCUCUCAACGAUCGCCUGGUUGUCCUUAUCGAUGCGGUUUGGUGUCUAGAGGAGGAGAACAAGUCUCUGAAGGUUCAGAUCACUGAGAUGGAGGAGAGGCUGGAGUUGGAGCAGAGCUCAACAAACAACCACAGCAUCAGUGGUCCUGCAGACUACAGUCUGGAGGGUGUGAUAGAGAUACUUGUUUCCUCUCAGGAGGAGAUUUUAUGUGACACACAGGAGCUGAAGGGUGAGCUGCAGCAUCAACAGAUUAAAUAUGAUGAGGUGGUUGAGCGUAGGACCCUCAUCCAGCUAGAGCGGGAGGAUGUUUCAGUGGAGGUGGAUGCAAUUACCACUGACUGCCUGGCCCUUCGAGAGCAAGUGGCCAUCUAAGAGGAGCAGCUGGCCGGCAUGGAAGGCAGCAAGAAAGGGUAAGGCAAAGGUCGACAAUAACACCUCUCAUUUGAGAACCUGUGUGAGCCCACACCUCUCGAUAAGGGUUCUCCCACUUUAUCCCUGAAGUUACCCUCCAUUGAUAUCACACCAGCUAUCAUGGACACCAAAGUGUACUACAGUGAGCUGGCCGAAAGCCUAAAGUUUGAAUCUAGAGCCUUGAGUGCUGCCACCAUUGAUGCUUCAGGAAAGGGGAAGAAGGAGCAGCUGGCUAAGCUGACUCAAGGGACAGUGAAGGAUAUUUUCAAAGAGACAGAUGUGAACAUCUUGAAGGACCUGAUUGCAGAGCUGCAGAAAGGUUUGACUGAGCUGGAGAAGCAUCGAGAUGAGCUUGAGGCUGGAAUAGUGGCCAAGAAAGCUAAAUACCUGGAGGAGAUAGAAGAGCUUGAGAAAUACAUUUGUCAGCUGGAGGAAGAGCAAGCUGAUCUUCAUCUCCAGAUGAAGGAGCAGAUUGGGGAUUAUGAAGAACUGCUGAGUCAGAAGAUGACUCUGGAGAUAGAGAUUGCUGCCUGUAGGUGAUACUGUACAUGGUUGACUACAGGUGGUGACAGGCACAAAGAAUCUGAAUCACCAAAAUCAAAGGAGAAGAAUGUGGAAGUGAAGUGAAAGUGUUACGGUUAACGAAGUUGACUGCAGAAUCCUCUUAAGAACAUACUCUUCCACAUAGAGCAGAUCCUCUGCUUUAUGGUUAAAUACAGCUUAAAAAUGACAUGUAAUCAAAUUGGAGUUUUGUGGCUUUUAGUCCAUGUCUGUUAGUUUUAAAGCCAUAUAUUUGCCAGUGUAUUUCUUAAA